AAAUCCAUUCAUAUAAAUCAAGAAGCUACCGUUCUAAUUUAUAGACAGUCGACAAGACGUAAGUUCACCAUGGCGAGUGUGGAGGAUGGCAACGCCGACUCUCAAGAGACCAAGGACCAGGAAUCAGAACCACUUGCCAAAAGGCAGAAGAGAGAGAAAUACAACCUCCGCCAGAAGACACUGGUGACUCGCAUAGAGACUGAGGAAAGGCUGGUUGCUCCUAAACAACCCAAGCCCAAGUCUCGUCCACCACCUCUCAGUAAAUACCGCCGGAAAACCGCCAACUCUCGCGAGAGGGGUCGCAUGAAGGAAAUAAACACUGCGUUCGAGGAGCUGCAGACAGUGCUUCCGAACCAGUGUGUCCAGGCGGCUGACAGUGCCAAUCUGACCAAGAUCACCACUCUUCGGCUGGCUGUCAACUACAUCGCGGCACUCCGGGAGGUCCUCGGAGAGUCAUGCAGUGCUGCUGAAGGUGGUCAACAAGAGGCGAGGGAUACCUGCGUACAGUCGACUCACGCCGGCGUUACAGACGCUCUGAAUCACGUUGCUACAGACGGUACUACUGACGUUGCCACCAACAGCGUCGCUGACGGCGCGACAGACAUUACGACCAAUACCCUGCAUGGCGGGGGGAGGCCUGUUCAGGAUGGUGAUGCUGGUGCCAGCAAUCCUGGCCGUGUAGCGGAUAGCAGACAGGAUUGUCAUGACACCUCCGCGUCUGACCUGGCGACUACUCCGGGUAGUGUACACGGUGCUUACAACAGUAAUGUCUGUGACUCCACCGACACAAGUUCCCGCUACAGGUCAAGGCCGUACACUGAAGGUACUGGUAGUGUUCCGAGUAUUAAUGACGCCAAACAACCCGAGAGUGACCUUGCCCCCGUGGUGAAGCCAACUUCUCCAUACAACAUACUGUACAACAUGCUAACAGUUGUACAGAUGGAGACAACUGUAGUCGUCUGGAGCACUGCAUCUCGCAGUGUGUGGGAGGAGACCAUUUCUGCGAGUCUGUGACGAGACCGGCACCCCCGUACCCCUUCAGUCCUGGAGGAGGGGGUCAGUGUUCUACUGAAGGGCUGGUCUGGAGCUCGCCGCCCUUUAGUCAGCUACCAGCCUACUCGGACAUACACCCACUGACAAACGUCUUGUCGGUACACGACGGGGCAUUAACUAACAAUCAUACCAUCAUCUUUGCCAACGACGAUCCAAUGGAUAUGAUAACAGAUGCCCUCCUCCAUGACUAAACCUCAUUAGAUCCCACCCAGGAAGUGAUGAAGAGAUGUCUGAUCAAUGACGAUGGCGAUGUUAUAUUAGACAUUGGAUGUAUAAAAAUUUGAUAAAAAUGAAGUAUUAUGUAGAAAUGGCAUAUUUUAUACUGAAUGUCUCAAUAUUCACAACAGUCUACUUCAGUCAGUUGUUACAUCUUUCUUACACUUACACAUUAUCAGAGUAUAUGGUCGUAUAGCGUGUAGGACGUCCACAUUAACUAGAGCAUAGAACGUAGGACGUCCACAUUAACUAGAGCAUAGAACGUAGGACGUCCACAUUAACUAGAGCAUAGAACGUAGGACGUCCACAUUAACUAGAGCAUAGAACGUAGGACGUCCACAUUAUCUAGUGAUGAACAUGUGACACGUGUAGAUCUUAUAUAUGAUUUGGGGUAUAACACGUUUGACACGUGCUUGACGAGUACACUACAUGGUAAUACACUGUGAAUAACGUAUACACUAUCUAGAUGUAAUACAUGUGUGAC